CCAUUGUUUCACAGACAUAACACACACCAACCAGUAUGUCAGACACAGGUUUGCCAGCAUAAUAGUUAAUUAUUUGCACUACUCGCACCGAAGUGAGUUAGUGCCCCAAAGGGCCUCUCCAACCAAGAAGCCGAUCGAUUCGGUCCCGAAGAGAACUAUCAUGCGACACUCCCUCAACACUUUUCGUGUUCAGCUGCUGCCCCGCGACCGUUGCAUUCGGAGCACUGGUCGAGAUAAUCGUGGUCUUCUUCCCCGUCAACCAUUUCGCCCUGGUCUCCGCAGCUUCUGCAUACGUUGAUGCAUUCUCGGUGGUUUCGAUCGGGAGCUAUUUCCAGUCUGACACGUCCUAUGUUGAGUGAGCGACAGAGAUCGGAUAUCUUACAUUCAUAAGAGCCUGAUGCUGCCGAGAGCUUUGGCACCCAUUCUGAUUAUAAUGGUCUCGCACAUAGCAUUGUGGGGGAACUUUAUGGACAAAGUCCCAUUCAUAUUCGCAAUGGCUGGCUUGGACACCUCGGUCGGGAUGUGUUCAAUAUUCUCGAGACCCAUCAGCGAAGGAGAAUCUGCACUUCUUCCCGCUAGCUCUUCAGCCGAAUUCCAUGGCAUGCUUAACUUUGAAGAUGGCGUCGGACUUGGGAGAGAUAUACGGUCUACCAAUAGAGGGCUUCUAUGGCCGCUUUGAUCCUCGGUUUUCUCUAAAUCCCAAGCGGAGAUUCUAUCAAAUCGAUUAUCGAUCGCCAAAGGUGCCUCGCUACCACUUCCUGAGCGAUCGAUGCGAUCCUUCUUCGCCACUCCAUUGUCGUUUCUGCAUGAUCUGCCUUGGAGCCACGAGGCUACAAAAUCCGACCGCCCUCCACGGUGGAAGAAAAUAUCUGACUCCGGCUCUUCGCCAAUAUGAAUUAGAAGAUCAGUUUCUCUCUUUUGCCAAGAUGCUUUGCCUUGAAAUUGGUUCCCGUUAGCAUUCCCAUUCAUAUCUCGAAGUCAUUAAACUUGGCCUACCUGUCGACACCGCUGUUCUAUUCUUGAGGCCGACUUGGCGGGUAGGUGUACUUUGCAGUUGCUGAGUUCUGUCUUCAUGCGACUUUCCCGGAGCUGAAUUUGAUAUUCGCUCUCUAUGGGCGACUCCUGGCGUUUGAAUUGCCUUUGGCGAAGAAAAGCUCGAUCCGUCUGCGAAGGUUGGCGAUCUUGGACCGGCAAGUUGAAGCGCCUGGAUAUCCUUGGCGUUGCAUAAUACUUCGCCGUCGGUCAGAUUCGUUGCAUCUGACGUGAGAGCUUCCAAUUCGCUCAUAAAUCUGGGUUGAGUAUGCGCUUCUCUGAGAGACUUACUCGCUUGGAAAUCGGUUUCGACCUUUAUCGGAAUUCUGCUCUUUAUUCCCCGUUUCGGGAUAUUAAGAUCUGCCUUUCGUGGUGAUAACGCCACUGUGAGUGAUCUGUUAGAAUCGACGAUAUCCCGAUCGUUUGAUCUACUUUGGGUCUUUGGCGCGCAGUGGAUUAUGGUAGCAGUGGAUUCUUCCCGCUGAUGGGAAGGAUAUCGCCGUCUCACCAUACUCCCCGGUGUGAGAUAGUUGGAUUCCAUAUUCCAAAGAUUGCCAUGGUCGGGGUUACUCGUGCCGAAUUGUCCAGAGUCAGUACGUCUCGAUGCAGUGUCGGAUUCGAUGUAAUAUUCUAGAACUAUAGGGACUUCCCCUUCUUCCAGAGCUUUA